UUUCUCUCCACAUAAUACAAAGUUUUAGACUUUUUUUGUUUCUGAGAUUCACAUCCAAAGAAGAAACCGAUUCAAAGCCAUGAUGCAUGAGAGAGUUCUUCUCUUACUGUUCAUCAUGGCUCAGAUAGUAGAGCAAACGCCGAUAACCGACGGGAAAGUUCCCGCGGUUAUCGUGUUCGGAGACUCUACCGUGGAUUCGGGGAACAAUAACCAGAUAUCUACGGUCCUAAAGAGCAAUUUCCAGCCUUAUGGCCGGGAUUUCUUCGGCGGUCAGCCCACAGGGAGAUUCUCAAACGGUCGGAUUCCGCCCGAUUUCAUCUCGGAAGCUUUCGGGGUCAAGAAAACGGUGCCCGCUUACCUCGACCCCGCAUACAGCAUCGCAGACUUUGCAACCGGAGUCUGCUUCGCUUCAGCUGGAACCGGCUAUGACAAUGCAACUUCUGAUGUUCUUUCUGUGAUACCAUUAUGGAGAGAACUGGAUAACUACAAGGAAUAUCAGAGCAGGCUGAGGAGUUUUCUUGGUGAAGAAAAAGCAGAUGAAGUUGUAAGGGAAGCACUUUACUUGAUAAGCAUAGGAACAAAUGAUUUCCUCGAGAACUAUUACCUUCUUCCUCAUCGAUCGUCUCAGUAUUCCGCCGACGAAUACCAGAAAUUCUUGGCCGGAAUCUCGAGGAAUUUCAUCGCGGAGCUCUACGGACUCGGGGCUCGGAAGAUCUCCCUGACGGGCCUCGUCCCUAUCGGAUGCUUGCCCUUGGAAAGAACGACUCGUAUCAUCUACGGAAGCCAAUGCAUCGAUGAAUACAACGAUGCGGCGAGAGAUUUCAACGUCAAGUUAGAGUCCAUGGCUGCAGAGAUGAACCUGCAGCAUUAUGGACUCAAGCUCGUGUUUUCAAACCCAUACGGGCUAUUCUCUGAAAUCCUAAACAAUCCUCAAUCAUUUGGCUUCCGUAACGUGAGAAGUGCAUGCUGUGGAACCGGUUACUACGAGAUGAGCUACUUGUGCGACAAGCUGAAUCCGUUCACGUGUACGGACGCGGACAAGUACGUGUUUUGGGAUUCGUUUCACCCGACGGAGAAGACCAACGCCAUUGUCGCAGCCCAUAUUCUCAAGCACGACCUUUCUCAGUUCCAGUGAUACACAUAUAUAUAUUACGUAUUUACAUAUAUGCCGUGUUUUUGUAUCAAUGCGUGUGUAUCCACAGUAUUUUUAGAUAAUAUUUUUAUUUUUUUUCCGACAUUGAUUCUAUAUAGAUAGAAGUAAAAAUAUUGUCCCAGCUUCUUAUCCCUGGUUUCACUUUGGGACAUUAAGCUUGUGUUGUACGAGAAGUUUCAUGUUGAAUCUGUUUUAGUAAUUUUAA